UCGAUGGACCGAAGGGUAAACGCAACUGUGUGAAUAACUUGGUUCUCGUCCACUCAAAGCUGUGUGACGCUGGUAUUGUGUCUAAUGUCCCAUCCUCUACCCCACUGGUUGGCUACUGGUUGGCUACUUUCACAAUCCAGUUCGAAUGAACAGUAUGUUUGUCAUAGGCUGCACAGCAAAAAUACAAGAGGUAUCUGGCAUAAUUUAGCUCUAAUAAUUAUGCUAACAUAACGACUUUCAUUUUCAAUACAUUUGGUCAAUAGAUUUACUUGAUGAUAUAUACGCCUAUAAUCAAUAAAUCAUUUCCAAUAAUUAUGUUUAAUCUCACAACUCAAAUGAAGACCGGAGGUAAACAAGGCUUCAGCUCACUAACCACCUUCAUCUUUUCGUAGUGUGCUGGCUCAGUCCUAACGUAAUAGCCUGGUGACAACGAGGUUACUGCAUGCUUUUAUUUUAUUAAAUGAGAGGAAACGGGGAAGGAAUGGGGAAAUAAUGGACCAGUAACUCCAUCUGUGUUUCGGGCUGGAGAACAGUAGCAAGCAGCAGCAACAGCCCUGUACGAGGUCUCUACCCGGUGUCUGUCAUUACAAGCUGUGAAUUCAAAUGGCAGAGCUGUCAACCCUCGUUUCGGCUGAACGUAUUGGAGAGGUGUUUGAGAAUGUUUCAUGGUGGGAAAUGAAGACCCAUUGAACUCAGAUAAACGGAAUAAAGUUUUACAUUGGAUUAUAUUUAAUCGAUUUUAAAGGUGGGAUGUGUCAUAGUCCCAGUUCCUUGGAUAUCUGAGAGACAUUGAGGAACCAGUGCCACCAUGGACUCCUGGGUGUUCCCCUCCUCGCUCCCCAACCUAACCCAAGAACCCCUGAUGUACGACAGCUUUAUUCUGGGCAACGAGUCAACGGAACGCAAUGGUACCUAUACGGGCGACAACACGUUCAACCAGACCAGCACCAUGGUCAUCACCUUUCUCUACUUCCUGGUGUGUGGUAUCGGUCUCUGCGGCAACGCCCUUGUGAUCUACGUCAUCCUGCGCUACGCCAAGAUGAAGACGGUCACGAAUAUUUACAUCAUGAAUUUGGCAGUCGCAGAUGUUCUGUUCAUGUUGGGGUUACCGUUCAUCGCCAUUCAGCUGGCGCUGGUCCACUGGCCGUUCGGUGCGGUGCUGUGCCGCGUGGUCAUGACCGUGGACUCACUCAACCAGUUCACCUCCAUCUUCUGCCUUAUGGUCAUGAGCAUCGACCGCUACCUGGCCGUUGUGCACCCCAUCCGGUCCACCAAGUGGCGCAAGCCACGUAUGGCCAAGACCAUCAACCUGGCGGUGUGGGGGGUGUCACUCCUGGUCAACCUGCCUAUCAUAAUCUACAGCGGUUUAAUCACCAAGCACAACAGUUGCUUCUGUACCAUCGUGUGGCCGGAGCCUGAGGAGGCCUACUACACCGCCUUCAUGUUCUACACCUUCGUCCUGGGUUUCUUCCUCCCGCUCAUGGUCAUCUGCCUGUGUUACCUACUCAUCAUCAUCAAGGUGAAGUCGUCAGGGAUCCGUGUUGGGUCCACUAAGAGGAAGCGCUCAGAGAGGAAGGUAACCCGCAUGGUGUCCAUCGUGGUUGCCGUGUUCGUCUUCUGCUGGCUGCCCUUCUAUGUAUUCAAUGUGACGUCAGUGACAGGAACCAUCUCCACCACACCCUUCCUGAGAAGCACCUUUGCCUUCGUGGUGGUCCUGGGUUACGCUAACUCGUGUGCCAACCCCAUCCUUUACGCGUUCCUGUCGGAGAACUUCAAGAAGAGCUUCCAGAACGUUCUGUGUCGGAAGAAGGUGGGCGGGCUGGAUGUGAUUGAGCGCAGCGACAGCAAGCAGGACAAGUCGCGCAUGAUGAAUGACCCCACGGAGACUCAAAGCACGCUGCUCAAUGGAGACCUGCAGACCAGCAUUUGAAGCUUGUUAAUUCUAAUGCAUCCCUUAUGUGUGAUCUAUACAGACAUCUUUGAUUUCACAUCAACUCUCCCUCAACCUCACAAGCUCAUCCCACACAAACAAAUAAACUAACAAAACGCACACACACACACGCACACGCACACGCACGCACGCACGCACACACACACACACACACACACACACACACACACACACACACACACACACACACACACAGAGAGAGAGAGAGAAACAAACACACAGGUGUUUCUGCAGGUGGAAUCGGUCAUCCUGACCUGUUAUCAUACCCUAUGAACAGCUCACAUAGGGAGAGUGAUUGUAGUUGAUCUCAUGGUGUGAUAUUUUGUAAGCAUUUUAUUCUCCCUGUGGACGAGAUGAAAAACAUUCCAAAGGAACUAAGCCCUCAUGGUGUCUGCUCCUCAACGGCUGUUAUCAUGUUCUUUAUUUCUCAUAUCUCUGUUUAUCAACUCUCCCUUUACGCUCUCAAAAGACAUACAAUGACAUGACAUUGGGUUUUCCUGGUCGUAAAACCCAUACAUUGUGAUAUCUUCAUAAAGGAGAGAAUACAAACUGUAGUUGUGACUGCUCUCUGGUGUUUGGGUGGAAAGCUGAAGAUGUGUCCUGAGUGUAUUGACACUGGUGGACAGUGACAGGAUCAUGUGAGGACCAGAACAGGGUUGUGUUCAUUAGGCCCCAAACGGAAGAAAAGGGACUGAAACCGGGAAGUGCUACCUGAAAUGGUCUAAUAAGAAACAUGCGUUUUCCGCUGCAGAGCAUUUUGACAUGUCCCAGACUGUUACCUACGGUUACUGAUUGACAGCAGACGAGACUUAACCAUGGAGAACAAGGAUUCCCUGCACAUAUGUUUACACUAGCAGGAUGAACCACCACCUCAAUCAGUCUUUGUCACAUUGUCCCGUAGCCAAGAUAAAUAGCAGACUAGGAGGUAGGAAGUAUGCCAAAGUGAGACUAGGACUACAGCAGACUCACUGUGUGCAUAUUGUCUGUUUACAAAGAUUGUGUCCAAAAUGUUGGGCAGAAUGUGGAAUUAGUAACAUGCCUCUAUUCUUAGAUACUGUAUUACUUAACAACAGUGAGCAGCAGGCCACAUCACCUCUGGAUCACUACACCAAGGUGUAGUUUGGUUAUCUAAUGACUUACUACAGAGAGAGGAGGAACAGUAGAGAUACUGGGACUACUUUGAAAUUACAUAAAAACACAUGAUAUGCCACAUGGUUAAUUUGCUGGCACAAGUCCUGCUGAUACUUAUACUGUACAAAUAUGGACUCCGUAAAGUCGGUUUAACAUUAUGGUUGACCUUAGUGGGGUUUUUUAACCUCAGAAAGACACAUAUUUGCUGUGGACAAAUAUUCAUCAGUGAGUCAUGGACCUACAGCAUACAGCUGAACAGAGUUACAAUCACAUGACCUAAUGAUGACUGUAUGAAGUCCCUCGAUAACUAUGAAUGCACCCUUACUAUGUAAUUGAACAGUUUCUCUCCCUCUCUGUGUGUGUGUGUGUGUGUGUGUGUGUGUGUGUGUGUGUGUGUGUGUGUGUGUGUGUGUGUGUGUGUGUGUGUGUGUGUGUGUGUGUGUGUGUGUGUGUGUGUGUGUGUGUGUGUACUGUACACAGUGUUUUAUUUGAUACAACAUUCAGUCCAAGGCCAUGAUUAGUAGAAGUGUAGAAUGAAUAGAUAUUGUACCCAAUAUGGGUACCAGGUGACCUCACCAGGAACAACUCCGGGCCCAAAUUAUAAUUCUAGCCCAGAGUGUUUCUUUGUCGGGUUAUUAUCAUUAUAGCCCAGAGUGUUUCUUGGUCGGGUUAUUAUCAUUAUAGCCCAGAGUGUUUCUUGGUCGGGUUAUUAUCAUUAUAGCCCAGUGUUUCUUGGUCGGGUUAUUAUCAUUAUAGCCCAGAGUGUUUCUU